AAGUCUAGUCCUCUCCCUCCCCUCAACCUAGCGCCGCCACUCGCGCCCACCACGCCGUCGCACCGCCGCUGGUGAACGGAUCCGUCCAUCCCGUACACCGGCCUUGGCCUCCUCCUCCCUCCCCUCAACCUAGCUCCACCACUCGCGCCCACCAUGCCGCCGCACCGCCGCUGGUGAACGGAUCCGUCCAUCCUGUACACCAGCCAUGUCCUCCUCCUCACUCCCCUCAACCUAGCUCCGCCACUCGCACCCACCACGCUGGCACACCCCGCCGCCGGAGAACAAUCCAGCCACUAGAGUCGAAGAUCCACGGGCCGGACAUCAACGAGCUGACAUCCUGGACCUCCACGGAUACGCCUCCACACAGGGAGUCCUGCUUAGCUCCGCAGAUCCGUGCAGGCCGCAACGAAGGCUGCCUCACCGGCCACCACCAAGGCUGCCUCACCGAUAGACGCAGGCCCGCAGCCCCCGACCUCUUCUACUGGCAUCAGGAAUCUGGUAUUGUACCAUGUGGUUUACUGGUAGUGCAUCUCGUUCUAGCAUUUAUAUAUGUGUUCUUUCUAGCGUGUUUGUAGUUUUGUCUUCUUUCUACCAUUAACCAAAAUACUGAUGCGUUAGUUGUUUCUUCAACUCAUGUGCAGAAACUGGAUUCAGUUUCUGCUCUUUCUACGUUUCUCUGUAAUAAGUAAUAGAAGAAAUGGAAAAAACCAAGUAUGAGGUGGCAAGGGAUGAGACUGUAAAGCAUGUUCAGCAAGUUUUUAAUUCUUUGGGCAUUCAUGUCUUAGCACAGACUGUUAGAGAUGUUAUUUCACCAAAAAAGAAAGAGGGAAGAGGGAAGGCUAUAGAUUCUGACAAUGAUUACGAUCCAUGCUCUGACAUUGAAAACCAAUCUGACACUAAUGAUGACUAUGAUGAUGACCUCAAUAAUGAGGUCAAUACUGAGGCGACACAGAUGGUUCCAGGAACUCGCCCUCACCAAAAGAAGCAAAAGGCAGGAACAAUGCCGGCUGCCAACCACCAGCCACCAUGCACACCAGUCAGAUUGACAAGGCAAAGUGCAGCCAUGCCUUUGCCUGGAGGCCGCCCGCCACCUAAGCCAAGACAUCCCUUGCCUCCUAAGACCACUUCGAAAGCCACCCCUAAAAGAAAUGCCAUUUCCAGUAGUACCCAACAACAGGUCCGGGCCAGUACAACCACUACUGAGACCACUGAAACUACAAACCCAGUGUCUUUUCCUCCAAAAAUGACCAGGUCCACUCAAGCAAUGUCUUCACCAGUUCCAAACACAAUGCCUAGACCUACUAGAUACACAAGGACUAGUGGAACCAUGUCUACGCCUGGUGGACACACCAUGCAUAGUCCUCCUAGAUUCACUAGGGCUAGUGCAGCCAUGUCUUCUCCUGGUGCAAACCCUCACCAUAGUCCUCCUAGAUUCACUAGGGCUAGUGCAGCCAUGUCUUCUCCUAGUGCAAACCCUCACCAUAGUACUCCUGCAGCCACUGCUAUUGUAUCUCAGCAACCUACUCCCACAACUAGUGUUAACAAAACAGUUCCUACGGACAACUCACCAGGUGGGCACAGCUCUAGGCAAAGCAAUGCCAUCAAUGAGUCAGCUGAGCAAUUUGAUGCUGCUACUUCAGAGGGUAAUCCGAAUGAAGGAGAACCAGUUGGUGACUUAGUUCCAGGGCCCAAAAAGAAUGUCCGCAAGAAAACCAUGGGUUAUGGCUUAGAGAAGAUGCUUAAUAGGGGAAACCGGUUGGCUAUCCACGUGGCUGAAGGGAAGAAAAGACCGGAGGUCCCACUUCAAGUAGCGAAGCUGGCAUCAGAAACUGGUGUUGCCCUUAGAGACAACCUACCUAUCUACAAAUCUUGGAAGCUUUAUGACAAUUCCGUGGGGCAGGCAGAAUCAAGGUUGGAUGUCGAUGUUAAGAAUGAGGGACCAAGCAAAGAUGCAUGCAUAUAUAUCAUAAAGAGGGGAGUGAGGCAGACGAGGUAUAACCUGAAAAGGAAGUACUUCGACGAGUCACUGACAAAAGAACAGUUGUUGGCCAUGCAACCUCCACCUAAAAUGAAGAAAGAGGAUUGGACUGGGCUGGUAGAGUAUUGGUGUGACCCAAAGAAUCAGGAAAAAUCUGCUAAGAACAAAGCAAAUCGAGGCAACGUGCAGCUUCACCAAAGGACUGGAGCUAGGUCCUAUAUAGCCCAUCGUUACAGCCUGAGGACUAAGUACAACAACAUGGAGCCGGAUGCUGUUGAUUUCUUUGGGGAAUGUAUGAAUAGUCCCCGAAAUGGUCGUACUCCGCUUGCAAAUGAGAUAUAUGAGCAAAUGGUUGCAGAGAAGGAAAGAGAGCUAGAAGAAGGAGAAGAACAAAAGUCACCCUCCAAGAUUGUUGCUGAUAGUCUCAGCCAGAUUAGCCGCUCAUCCAACUUCCUUCCAAACAUUGGUGUCCCUACAAUGUCCAAGACUGGUCGGUCCACAUCGCUAGCUGCACAAGCACGCAUGCAAGCUCAGUUUGAGGAAAAACUCCAAGCUGAAAGAGAGGAAGCUGCUAGGAAGCAGGAAGAGUUGCAAGCACAACUACAAGCUCAACAUGCCGCACUUGAAGAAAACCAAAGUUUGCUGCACCAGACCCAAGAGGAAGUGAAGGGGAUGCAUACCAAGUUUGAAGAGACCAAUGCACUGCUACGAGCUGUCCUGAAACUUCAGAAAGAUUGAGGUAGGGAUGCAUACCAAGUCUGAGGAUGAUGCCUUUGCUUAAGGUUUUCUACCUUGCUAGAACAUAUCUAUGGUUAGAACUUUGUCAGAACUACGUGCAAUCUGUUUGAAUGCUUCAAACCUUUGUGGUGGAACCUUUGUAUGUUUGAACCUCUGUUGUGGAAGAACUAGUGUGCUAGAAUUGUGUAUGACUUGUGAUGAGAAUGUUGUGUAUGAUGGCUUUUCUGUGUA